AUGAACCAGAAGGCAGUUGGUGCAGCUUGUGUGUGAUUCCUAACGUCAUGUUGGCUGAGAGCCAGCCUGGUUUUAUUUCACUGUGUCAAAUUGUACCUCCUUAUUGAAUUCCUUUGCCAGCCUACUUUGUGAAAGAAAACAUUGGGGUUUCUUUGGCUGUUCUUGAUAAGCCUAUAAAAAAUGAUAUUUUUUAGUUGCUUAUAGUUGCUGAAGUAAAGGAACCCUGCAGCCUUCCCAUGCUAUCUGUUGACAUGGAAAACAAGGAAAAUGGCUCUGUCGGUGUAAAAAAUUCCAUGGAAAAUGGGAGACCACCUGAUCCUGCAGACUGGGCUGUGAUGGAUGUCGUCAAUUAUUUCCGAACCGUGGGAUUUGAGGAGCAAGCUAGUGCUUUUCAGGAACAGGAAAUUGAUGGAAAAUCCCUGCUAUUGAUGACAAGAAAUGAUGUGUUGACAGGACUUCAGUUAAAAUUGGGGCCUGCUCUGAAAAUCUACGAAUAUCAUGUAAAACCUCUGCAGACAAAGCAUUUAAAGAACAACUCUUCAUAGUACAGUCAAAUUGGGGUCUUUGACCUCAAAAAAUACAUAAUGACAUAAUUUAGUUUCAUGUAAUGAAACUUUGUAAACAGAAUACAUACAUGUGUAUAUGUAAAGAAUUUCAAUCAAAUGAAACGUUAUCCUAUUGGAUAGACUAGGCAAUUCAUCAGCUCACCUGAAAUCAGCCAGGAGGAGCAAGGACAAGAUGCGCACAGGGUGGUUUUCCUCAUGGAUUUUGUCAAAUAGAAUGAUCUUUGACACGAUUAGACACUCCUCCCCACAAAGGCUUUGAAAUCAUAAGGAUUUUCCUCAUCUCUUUGUAGAUAGCUUUCCCAAAAUCUUUUAAAAAAGAAUUUAAUUAAAUGACAGUCUUUUGGUUACAGACUUAGGAUGAGUAAAAACAAGAAAAUUUGGGGAGGGGGAGAAAGAAGAAAGGGAUUGCUGUCUCCCUUGAAUUCCUCUGUUCCUUAGAGCUUGUGUUACUUGGACGGAAUUGCCGACACCCUUUUUUAUAGAGGGCUCUCCACUUGACCUUAUUAAGGUUUUAUUGGGAUAUGCUGCAGUGUUUGAAAUGAACAUGCAUCAUGGCCCCUUCAGGAGCAGAAUCAUAGCUCUGAAAAGAGAAGCUCCGUUGUGUACUGAGGAUAUCCAUCCAUAUUCAGCUAGCUUUCAAAUGGGGUAAUGAUAUUUUCUGCAUAGAUUUUCUUUUAAAUUGGUUCUUUGUUUCUGAAGAAAGAAUUUUUUUUAACUUCAUGGUUUUAUUUAUAAUAAUUUGUUUCUGAAGAAAUUUGCCGAGAGUUACAGGUCAAAAAGCCUUGUUACUAGUACAGAAUAUUUUUAUAUAUAUUCCUUCAUGAUGGUGUAAUUUUUUUUAAUUGUCCUGUGCUUUGUUCAGUUCCUGGGUUAAGUACUUGUUUUUAAGAGCUUGGAGAAAGUGGGCUUGCUACAUCUCUGUUCAAAGAGACAUUUGUUCAAUCUCUGUGUGUCAACGCCUUGUUGAAUUGGUGCUUUGUGGUUGCAAUAAAGCAUUGCUUCAGUUUA